CGGGGUUUAGUCGGCGACGCGGGGUCGCGUGGUGCGGUCGCGUGUAUCGUUGCUAUCGCUCGAGUGACGUACGGAACCGCUUCGUGUGUUCGCGCUCGCGUACGCGCCGCAUUCCAUCGUGGGGGCCCUUCGCCGCUAUUGGCCGAUCCCGCGUGACGUCACACCUCGUAAUGAGGUAUUCAACAUGGCCGUGUAGCUAGUUCGCGAGUGUGCUUCGUUACUCGUUUGAAUGGAUUUAAUCAGUGAAAUAUGCCAAGGAGACGAAACGGUGAGAUACCCUUGCCCGACGGAUGGGAUUACGCGAGGGACUUUGACGGAAAACUAUAUUUCAUCGACCACAACAGUAGAAAAACGACGUGGAUCGACCCGCGAGACAGAUAUACUAAGCCACAGACAUUCGCGGACUGCAUUGGCAAUGAGUUGCCUCUUGGAUGGGAGGAGGCUUACGAUCCACAGAUCGGACGAUAUUACAUCAAUCAUGUCAAUCAGGUGACGCAGUUAGAAGACCCGAGGCUAGAAUGGCUCAGCAUUCAGGAAGCAAUGCUGAGGGAGUAUCUCCAUACGGCACAGGAGGCUCUCGAAGCGAAGAAGGAGAUGUACGAUGUGAAAAAGCAGAGGUUGUGUUUAGCCCAGGAUGAAUACAAGCAUUUGAACAAUGCACUCUCCACGCUAGCGGCCUCUAGAACUAGUCUGUGUUCAUCAACGACGUCGAUGACGACGACGUCUACCACCUCACGACAUGAUCCGGAGCUUCUGAGGUCGGAAGUGACGCAAGCGCGCGGCCGGGUCGCUCAGCUACGCAAGGAGCUAAGGCAAGCCCGAGCUGAAGUCGCCAGCGCACGUCGCGGAGUUGACACGCUUGCAGAAGUCGAGCAAAAAAUUAGCGCUCAACAGGGCUGCUACAACAUUACUGAGGCUCAAGCCAUCAUGACUGAAUUGAAAAAUAUUCAGAAGUCGCUCACCUCUGGAGAGAAAGAGAGGGCGGACCUCAUGCAGUCGUUAGCCAAACUAAAGGAUGAUUUGACGAGACUGCAACUUGGGGACGCAUCACCUGAUCUGUCAACCCUCUCACUACCCCAGGAGAAACUAAGCACUGCUUCCCAAACCGAUCUUUGUGCCGACUUGGUUCCCAUUGGCACGAGAUUAGCUGAAAUGGCGCGGGUUCGACUGCAAUACGACGCAGCGCGGAAGAGAAUUCAACAAAUUCAACAACAAUUAGCUGACCUAGAGGACAAAGUCCAGCCCGGCCAAGCAGAAUCCGACAAGGAUAGACUGCUACUCUUCCAAGAAAAGGAACAACUGCUUAGGGAAUUACGGAGCAUUACUCCAAGAACGAGAUCUAAACAAGAGAUGACUGAAAUCCAAACCGAAUGCAAGAGAUUAGAACAAGACCUGAAGAAUGCCUUUGAAAUGUCUAAUAAGUGUAUUGCGGAUAGAUUGAGGCUACAUGAAGAAAAGCAACUGUUGUUACAACAGUUGAAAGACGCGCUGACGUCGAUGACGACCUUGGAAGGGCAGUUAAAGACAUUAUCAGCGAGUACACUCUCGGUGUCAAGCAGUUCGAGCUUAGGGUCCCUUUCCACAGCCAGUAGUAAAGGCUCACUAAGCUCUGGCAUUAGUUUUACUGAUAUUUACGGCGGCCCGCAAAUCGCGACGUCUUUCUCAACAGACAAGCCUAUCGACAUGGUCGAUUUGCAUCGAAGAGUUGAAAGGUUACUGCGCGGUUCAAGUUACACCGCAGACAGUGCGACUCCCGGAGCCAGUAGCUCACCAUCCCAGCCGUCCUUAUCACCGAGGAGCAGUCUGUCUUCAGCCAGUCCACCACCACCUCCACCCUCGUACAAUCAGGUGGAGAGACAAAGGCGGCAACAGCGGGAAUUAGAAGAGAAGUUAGCAGAAAUGAGGAUAGGUGUCGCUACUGGACUGAAUGAGGUCACAGGUCUUGCUACAAUUCCAGUACAGCUGCAAGGCCCUGGACGGCCGUGUGAGCCGCUGUCUCCCAUAUCAGAGACACCCCCGCCACCAUCGCCCAGAACUCCCUCGUCUAGUGGUACAAACACUAGAUCAGUAUCAGCGGCAGUCAGCGACGAAUCAGUGGCGGGCGACUCUGGAGUCUUUGAGGCUGCGCAGGCGGCGAAUGAUCCUUCCAACGCAGUGAACAGCGCUCAAAUAGAGAUUAAACUGCGCUACUGUGCGGAGAGUAGUGCUUUAGAGAUAGGAAUCCUGCGCGCGCGCAACUUGCACGCGCUGUUCAUUGACAUCGGCACGCAAGUUGGUGUGCGUUGUGCCCUGGUGGUGGGCGGUGGGUGCGGGGAGGCGUGGAGCGGCGCGGGCGCGGCGUGGCGCGGCGCCGCGCUCGCCCUCAGGCACGCGCACCGCGUCGCGCUCGCAGGCACGCGCGCGCUGCGGGCCGCCACGCUGCAGGUCAACCUUACUGCUGGAACCGAGUGCCUUGGCUGUGCACAAGUGAGUCUGGCGGACUUCGAGCCAGAUACAGUGUCACAGAAAUGGUACAACGUCCUCAGCUUCAGAUGCAUGAGACGGGAUGAGAGUUCAGAUGAGUCUACUGUCAUCUCAUCUCAAACAUCCACCUUGACGAGGAAUAGAGGACCAGAAAGUAUGACGGGUGCAGAAUGUAACGUUGACUGUGGGGACAAUUCAGCAUCGGAGGACGAUGAGUCUAGAGAGCCACUUAAUCAGAUAGUGGAAGAGGAUUCAUUCGAGGAUUACAUUCCUGAGGAGGAGCUUGCUUUGGAGGAGGAGUACCUUCAUCCCACGACGGCGGAGAAAGAAACCAACACUGAGUGUAACUUCUGUCCCGAGGGAGCUCGCCAGUUACAUAGAAGAAAAAGCCAACAAGUAAACGCCAGCCUCGCCGAGCCCCUCGCUACCAUCAAGAGGUCGCAAACAUUCUCGCCACAACCACAGAGUGUCGCCAAAGCCCAAUACAUCUGCAGAUUGAACCGCUCGGAGUCUGACUCAUCGAUGGCUGCGUACGCGCGUCGAGCGACGAGCCAGGCCCCGCCCCCAACCGGCAUACCAUUCGACCGCAGCGUUAGGGAAAGACGAUCGCUCAGAUGGGGUAGAUCAGGAUCGUGUAUGCGCGGCGUGCGUGGGUCCCGCGGGUCCCGGCUGGCGCCUGUAACGGCUCGCACGUCCCUGGACCUGGCGCUAGACCUCCGCGCCCAGCACUCUCGUCUGCACCAUCUGCGGACCGAUAUCGCUAACCUCACUGCUCUCAAGAAGAGAUUAGAAGAAGCCUGGAGUCGAGGUGACCCGGCCGUGGCGGCUUGGGUGGCUGAGGACGAAACGUUACGUCGCCUGGUCAGUCCAGGGGACCAGCCAGCUGACCGAGCCUCACGACUGUUAAGUAGGACCUGUCGUGAGAUCUACCGUUUGAGGAAAUCCAGACAGGGUGGCCGGAAACCUGACCUUGUCACCUUCAAAGAAAAGAUGGCAUUCUUCACUCGCACCAAAACAACAAUACCCCUCCUGCCGGGCGAGGAUGGUGACGAGAUUCCAUCCGAAGACGACUGGGAAGAAGAUUUGGAAGAACGACGAACUCCGGACGGCAGAUCUUCAAAGACAUCUUACGAGUUACGCCGUGACCAGCCAGCUACACAAGACCCGCCGGAGGUCGUGGAGUGCAAGAACCCGUGUUUGAACCUCGAGGGUCAAGAGGCGAAGGAUGACACUAAGACUGAUGAGGUGAGGUAUGAGUUUGUUGUGGACAGAGUGCUCGGGGUACAGGUUUGAAAGGAUAGGGCCGUUACUACGGUUGGUGACACUGCGCAGGGAUUAAAAAAGGUUUCAUUUGAAACCACCUAAAAAUUUUACUACUAACUACUGUUUCAAUAACAGAUUUAUCGUUAAUGGACGUUGCAGCGCCCGCGCAGUUUCAUUUAUAAUGUCAAUACCAACCGUUGCAAACAGCUCUAGUAUGGCCUAUGGCAAAAUAUGGCACCAUAAAAAAUUGCAAAUAUACAAUAUUAAAAUAUUACUGUGAUCUUUAUUGCCUAUUGAGAUUUUCUGGAUCGAAGACUGAGCAACAACUUAUAUAUAUACAUAUAUGUGUUAUUGGUUAUAUUAUAUAUAUAGAUAUCCGGACUCUAAAACAUGUACGCAUGUGUGCAAAUAGAGUGCCAUAAAAUUAAGAUUACAAUAUUGAAUCUUAUACACUUUUAUACCGAUUAUGUAUUGUAUUGCAUGUACAAAUUAAAGAACAAAAUUUUGAAUGUUAGAAACUCCUGAAAAUGGUACGAUUUGAUACAAACCCGUCCAUAUAUAGAUAUAAUAUGUAUUUUUAUGUAACUAGGAAAUAUUAUUACAUUCAUACUGAUAUUAUAAAGUGUAGACAAGUUGGUACUUGCUGUUCAGUGGUAAAAAUGUGCCUUUUGAUUGUUGGUGCCUGAAUAAUAAAUGCCUGCGAUUGUGCCAUAACGGCAUGUCAGACGGGGGUAUAUAGGUACAAAGUAGUUGUAUGAUGAGUCACAAAAUGUAUGCCAAACAUAUUUUUUUAUUGUAAUUAGAACAUAAUGUGGGUUUACGGUCACUUUGUAAAUAAAAAUACGUAAAAUUGCUGACCCACCGACUAAGUUCAUCUGUAGAUAAAAUAAAAAUACUAAUAAUUUUUGCAAAAACAUUAAAAUUGUUCUCAAUUUCCUUAUAGAAAUGACUAAACGCAGACUACAUUUCAUUUUAAUUUUUGCAAAAGUUAUAUUCUGGUUAGGGUUCUCUCCACCGAGUAAAUAGGACUUGAAAAGCCAAAAAGAAAGCUUUGUACAUAAGGCUUAUGUUACGUGGAGUACUUGCCCUACAAAACAUUUCAAACUCCGACCUAGAAAUUAUUUGAAAUUACAAACAUAAUUAUAAUACAAAACAAUAAAUAAUGUGUUCACAAAAUAUUCAUCAUAAUUAUUUAAGAAGUUGUAUUGACGUGCCUACAGAAUUAUAAAUAAUUAUAAUUAUAUAAUUAUCUAGGUCUCAUUAUGUACCCGGGCACAUUGACGUUACAAGCGUGCAAUAAACAACGUACUAUCAAUAGAAUUACUUUAUGUCAUGUGUGUUAUCAGAUCUGAGUUUGUACUGAACAUUUUUUGUCUCACUCAUUAUCAUUCUUAUGUUUAGAAUAGACCAUCUUUCAUUAUAAACGCUAUUUUUUGGGAAUAGCCCCAAAAAACGCUUUCUAUGUAUUUGUCAGUCAAAUUCAUCAGUAAAGGUAAUCUGUUAACGUUUAUAAUGAAAGUUAAGUUAUUUAGUAUUUUGUUGACAAAAAUAAAUCAAUGAUUUUAUUAAAUUACAUUUUUUGGACAUAAAUUUUAAUAAAACCAACAACAAAAAAUCGUUUGGUUUUUUGAAUGAGUUGAUUUAUUUUUGUUUACAAUAAGUAAAUUAAGCACUACUUGUACAUUUUGUACAUAUCAUAAUUUAAUAUUAUUUUAUUUUAGUUGAAUAAAUCUUUGUAAAUAAUCUGAAUAAAAAGAUACGUUUAAUUAAAAGAAUUUGCAUAUCUGAAUUUUGACUUUAUAAUUAUUUUCUAAUUAAUUAUUUAGCAAUAUUAGUCGCUGUUAAGUAUUCCUAGCUGUAUUUUACGUAAUGUUACAUUUUUGUAAAAAAUGUAUAUUUUUAUUAUAAUUAUUUACUUGGAGUUUUUAUACAUAGUGUAAUUGUUACUGAGGUGAAUUUGGAUUUGCCAAAUUAAUAUAAGCCUUGUUUUAAUUCUUCCAUUAAAAUAAAGGGGUCAUUAUAUUUUGUAAAAAUGCCAAUACAAUUCAUACAAAUGAAAAUAAAAAUUAUAAAUUAA